AUGGUUUGUGGAAUUCUUAGUUUCAGCUCUGCUUUAUCUCCAAUCUCCGUAUCUCACUAUAGAAAUAGAACAGCUCCCAAGCUCAAGACUGAUCUUUCUUCUUCUGUUACACUUGGAAUUCGAUGCUCAAGUUCUAGCUCAGAUGUGCCUCAAACCUUUGAAAAAUCUGAGAAUGAUGCUGCUAUGACUGGUGGUGCAUUUGACUUCACAAGAGCAACAACAUCACUUACAGAUAAUAAGUCAAUCGCUUCAUCAAAGAAGGUAACUCUUGUCCGGCAUGGCCUUAGCUCUUGGAAUGAAGAAAGUAGAGUUCAGGGAAGCUCAAACCAAUCUGUCCUGACAGAAACUGGAGUGAUGCAAGCAGAGAGGUGCAGAAAAGCCAUUGCAAAUAUGCAUUUUGAUCAGUGUUAUUCGAGUCCAAUAUCUCGGGCCAAGUCCACUGCUGAAAUUAUAUGGCAAGGGAGAGAGGAGCCGCUCGUUUUCCUCGACUCCCUGAAGGAGGCUCAUCUGUUUUUCCUUGAAGGCAUGAAAAAUGGUCAGUCUGCUCGUAAUUUGGAGGCAGAGGAUGCCAAGCAGAGAUAUCCAAAGGAGUAUGCAACAUGGAGAGAGGACCCUGCUAAUUUUUAUGUGAAUGGAAUCUAUCCUGUAAGAGAACUGUGGGGAACAGCCAGAGAGGCUUGGAAGGAGAUCUUGUUUACACCUGUGAGACAUGACAUCGGAGAACAUGUUUUAGUCAUCACUCACAAAUCAAUUUUGAGGGCACUGAUCUGCACAGCUUUAGGGCUAGGCCCUGAGAGAUUUCGUGCCAUUGAUGUGAACAACGGUGGAAUCUCCGUAUUCAAUUUCAACAAGAAAGGAGAAGCAAUGAUUCAAUCUUUGAACAUGACUGCCCACAUAGUCGAGGUUUCAAAUUCAAAUGACAAGCUUGGGGUUGUGAAAGGUCGAUGGGAUGGAAAGGUCACUGAUACAUUAGAAGGUGCAGAUCCUUCUUGUUUGGCCAAUAAAGUUGCUAGGGUUGUUGGGUCAGCUAAGCCCGGAGAACCUAGCCUUGAGACAGUCCAAGAGUUAGCGAAAAAAAAAAGAAAAGGAUCUUUCCAGGAGCAAGGGCAAAUUCAAGCACAAACUGGCCUUGAUGAUGCCUUGAAAAGGCGGAUGCAGCAGCUGAUUGACUCUAAUCGACUCAUGCUUUUUAUGAAAGGAGCCCCCAAGGAGCCCAAAUGUAAAGUUAGCAGAUUGGCCGUUCACAUUUUGAAUAAAGAGAAAGACAAUGAAGUUAUGGAGGGGAUACAAAAGUAUUCUAAUUGGCCAACAAUACCACAGCUUUACAACAAAGGGAAGCUUGGUGGUUGGGGUGACAUUGCAUGUUUAAAUUAA